AUGAGCCCUUCUGUGUUUAUGUUGAUUGGCAUGCAAUGUCUGAAGAAGUUGCGCGAUGACCCGGACCUACUUCUGCAAUCAGUGGACCAAAUUCAGUUCCGUAAAAGCAACACAGAAAUUAAGGUCGUAAUUGACCCAGAGUACACGAAGUACCCCGGUGCCACAGAAACGGUAACGCGGGAGCGUUUGAUGGAGCAGGUGUUGUCCCGGCUGGCAGCAUUUGUGUCCGAAGACCAGGAGUACCCCGCAGAGGUAACGACUCUUUGGAAACGUCACGCCACGAACACGCGUCACGCCACGAACACGGUGGCUACCAUGGACUUGCUUGGUUUGGGAGAGGAGCCGAAAACGUUGGACGCGAUGGAGAGGGAACUUCGGGCCGCCUAUGAGAAGCUGACUCCUAAACCUGGCAAGCAUUGGCAAGGCGUUUGCCGACCGCUAUUGGGCCUGAACGAGAAGCACGAGAAGCAUGCCGACUCAACGGUCUGA